CAGUAUUAAAUACUGACUGGAUAUCAAGUUUACGUUAUGUCAUCUCACUCGAAGCUGACAUCAUAUUCAGUCAGCAUUACUGACAGGAUACUUAAAUUUAUUAUGCCAACAUUUGACAAGCAGGAACAUAUGGGAUUACAAGAUUAUAUGACAGAGGUGUAAUUGUAACGAAAGGUAUCAUUAUGAGGGAUUCUUAAAUGAGAAAUCUGUGCUGUCACAUUUCUGGGACACAUGUUAGAUCAACAAAGAUGGCCUACUAUGGUGGUUCAGCUACAAACACAGCAGGAGAAAGUCAAGGUCACCACACUGGUUGGUCGUAUCCUGAAGAAUGAUGGUAUUAUGGGAUUGUACAAUGGGUUGUCUGCCUCUGUCUGUAGACAGCUGACCUACUCCAUGACCCGGUUUGCUAUGUACGAGACCGUUAAGAAGCAGCUGACAAGUGACGGCAGUGUGAUGCCGUUUUACCAGAAGGUAGCUACUGCUGCUGUGUCUGGGGCUACAGGAGGUUUUGUGGGCACACCUGCAGAUCUCAUUAAUGUUAGGAUGCAGAAUGAUGUUAAACUUCCUAAAGACCAAAGAAGGAAUUACAAGCAUGCAUUUGACGGCCUGUAUCGGGUGUUCCGGGAGGAGGGUGUCCGGAGGAUGUUUUCUGGUGCUUCCAUGGCCAGCUCUCGAGCUGUAAUGGUUACUGUGGGUCAGCUUGCUGGCUAUGACCAAAUAAAACAAAUGUUGAUGGGGUCAGGCUACUUCAAGGACAACCUAGUCACACAUUUCACCUCCAGCACACUGGCAGGGACCCUGGCUACCUUCCUCACCAUGCCCCUGGAUGUAAUGAAGACGCGGAUGAUGAAUGCGGCUCCUGGCACCUACUCUAGUUUAGGAGCGUGUGCAUUGGACAUCGGUAAACAUGGACCACAAGGCUUCUUCAAGGGUUUUAUUCCUGCCUUUGUUAGAUUGGGACCUCACACUGUCUGUACCUUCAUGUUUCUGGAGCAGAUCCGUAUGAAUUUCGGGGAUGAUCCAAAAUAGAACUUUGGUUGAUCACAAUCCAUACUAAUGUGUUUCCUCAGGGCAACAAUCAUUAUCUUCCUCCAAAGUCAAACCAGGGACCUUAAAUUUACUUACUGAAUUAUUCCGAUGCAUUGAUAUCAGAUGUGCCAAAGAUAUCAACAUCUGCUCACAAGAGUGAAGAAUGUAAGUUUAUGUGAUAGUCAUACCAGAUAUCUAAUAAACCACAGACACCUCUAGUCAGAAAGUACCAUUAAAUAACCAAUAUCAAAUGUACAUAGAAACCUUCUAGUAUUUUACACAUUCAAGUUAUAUAAAAUAACAGUUAGUAGUGUAUUAUUGAAAACAAAUGUUGAGUAACAGUUGUAGAUGAAUGCGAUUUUAUAUUAAGAUCACAGUUGUUUUAUUUAUAUCCAUUUACAUGUUAUUGCGUACAACAAUAUAUCUUAAUUCUAAGAGACGAACAUGCAUGUGAAAAAGAGUUUUGUUAAAGGUUUAAUUCUUGUCAUGGUAUAUGAAUUUAGCAGUUUCACUUUUACAAUAGUUAUUUACAAAUAUUUAAUGUUAAUGUUUAAAACAAUUAACAGCAAAGUCUGCUUUCAUAUCUUUGACCUUUAUUCUUUAUACAAGGAAUGUGUGAAGGGGGACCUUGGGGAGGAGGGGACAAGGAAGGUGUGAAGGGGGACUU